AAUAGCCGUCAGUCUCUGAAGAAGUAUGUCAAGGCCAACAACACCUUGAACGUGUCGGACAACAUGUUCGACUCUCUCUUCAACAAGGCCCUCAAGGCCGGUGUUGAGAAGGGCAUCUUUGCCCAGCCCAAGGGCCCCUCUGGCGGCACCAAGCUGGCCAAGAAG